AUGGUGACUGGUGAGAAAGCUGAGGAGUUCACUGCUUGGAAGAAGGUAGAGGCGAAGAGAGAAUAUGAGGCCAAGAAAGCAGCUGAAGCAAAUAGGCCCAAGGGUGAAAAUGGAAUGGUUGAGGAGAGCGAGGAAGGGUGGAGCUCAAAUGCACAGCAAGGGAGGCAGGGGUGGAGGUCAUCUGAGAAGCAAGAAUCGGCUAGCCUGACUUUCAAGCAAGCAAGCACAUCUGCUAACAACCUUCCUAUUUUCAUGCUUCUGGGCUUAUCACCUUUGAGAGCUGCUGCCCCUAGGUUUAUUCGUGUCGCUUGGCAGCCUCCUGAGCCUCCAUGGGUGAAGGUUAACAUUGAUGGGUCCUUCCGGAACCAGGAUCAAGCGGGCUCAGGAGGGGUUUUUCGGGAUCCCUCCACGGUUUUCUUAGGUGCUUUCUCUAACAAAGUCAUUGCUCACAGCGCUAUUGAUGCUGAAAUUCUGGCAUUCUUGGAAGCCUUGAAGAGUGCAUGGACUAAAGGGUGGAAUUAUAUAUGGCUAGAAACGGAUUCUAUGCUAAUUGGCAGGUACCUCAGCAACCCAGGUUUGGUUCCUUGGAGAUUACGGACUCUUUGGCAAAAUGGAUUGCACCUUGCUAGUCAACUGAACGUUCAAGUGUCUCAUAUUUACCGUGAGGGGAACGCUCCUGCAUAUGCUCUUGCUAAUUACGGAGUAGACCAUGUGGGGAGUUUUGGUGGGAUGUGGCCUCUACCUUCUUAUUGA